UUGUUUGUCUCCUAUAGCUGUCAGUUACUCUCUUUUCAACUGUACACUAAGAGAAACAUUGAUUCAAUAACAAAAGAAACCCAAAAGGAGGAACAAAAGAGAAACCAUGGCUGAGGAGCAGCAGAGUGUUCAGAUUCCUAGAGUGAAACUGGGAACUCAAGGACUUGAGGUCUCCAAGUUGGGAUUUGGCUGUAUGGGGCUUACUGGAAUGUACAAUGAUCCUGUCCCUGAUGAUGUUGGCAUAUCGAUUAUCAAGCAUACAUUCGACAGAGGAAUUACUUUCUUCGAUACAUCAAAUAUCUAUGGACCCGAAAUUAAUGAAAUAUUGGUUGGAAAGGCAUUGAAGCAACUACCGCGAGAGAAGGUACAGUUAGCCACAAAAUUUGGUAUUAUAAUGGAUCCUAAAGCUGGUGUUGUAAUAAAUGGUACCCCUGAACAUGUCCGCGCCUCUGUCGAGGCUAGCCUGAAACGUCUUGAUGUGGAAUACAUUGAUCUCUACUAUCAGCACAGGAUUGACACUAAAACACCGAUAGAGGAUACGAUGGGAGAACUGAAGAAGUUGGUGGAAGAGGGGAAAAUAAAAUACAUAGGUUUAUCUGAAGCUAGCCCUGAAACUAUAAGGAGGGCACAUGCUGUUCAUCCCAUCACUGCUUUACAAAUGGAGUGGUCGCUCUGGACUCGUGACAUUGAGGAGGAAAUAGUCCCCCUUUGCAGGGAACUUGGGAUUGGCAUAGUUCCAUAUAGCCCUCUUGCUCGAGGUUUCUUUGGUGGCAGAGCAGUUGUGGAUAGUCUGCCUGCAAAUAGUUUUCUGACACAUCACCCAAGGUUUCAAGGAGAAAACUUGGACAGAAACAAGAAUUUAUAUUUUCAAAUGGAGAAGAUGGCUCAAAAGCAUGGGUGUACCCCUGCACAACUAGCACUUGCCUGGGUUCUUCAUCAAGGGGAUGAUGUAGUCCCUAUUCCUGGAACAACCAAGAUUAAAAAUCUGGAUAGCAACAUUGAUUCUGUGGGAGUGAAGCUCACAGAAGAAGAUUUAAAAGAGAUUACUGAUGUGAUUCCCAUAAACCAGGUAGCUGGGUCUAGACAACCGGAAGUAUAUACUAAGUUGACAUGGAAAUUCGCUAAUACACCCCCAAAGCAGAACAAAAUUUAAAGUUAAAGUCUGCAGCAAACUAAGUCAGCAGCAAUGUCAAAAAUAUAUAAAUGAAUAAGCAGGCUACCAGCUCUGCACUUUGCAGUUGUAUGCAUGUACUUGAGUGGUUUUUCUAUCUUUGAAGUUGUUAAGAGCACUGUUAUGCUAUUUAUAAAUAAGGCUUACAAAUUUGGAGAAAAAGACAAAAGAAAGGAUUUAUAGAACUGAGGAUAAUUGACAGCAAGUUUCACGGUGGCUCUCUACUUUGUAAACAUCCAUGAAGUAUAGGAAAAAGGCAUUUUAACUGGAACUUCUUUGGCAAAGCAUUGCCUUAUCAGUCAAUAAUUUGAAAAUUGAAGUGGCUUAAUUGAUGGAACUGUAAUGUGACAGCCUGAAAGGGACUGGACAAGGCCAUUUCUUGGCAAUCGAAACAAUGGGAUUUUAAUGUUUACACAGGUCUGGCUGGGAAUAUAAUUGCAAAUGGGGUGACAUACCUAGCGGCGUCAUGGAGGUGUCAUUCAACUCUAGUCAAGAUUCGGGCUAUAAAAGGUUGCUGAUAAGUAUAACCAUAAAGAUCACUUGCACUCGUAUGUCUCCUGCAGCUUUCAGUUAGCGUACUCUGAGUGAAGCAUUGAUUCAACAACAAACGAGAAAACAUGGCUGAAGAGCAGCAGACAGUUGAGAUUCCUGGAAUUCCUGGAAUGAAACUAACAACUCAAGGAUUUGAGGUAAAAUUUUAUUCUUUUGAGAGUAGUCAAAAGGGAGGUUUCAUAGCAAUAUUUAUGAGCUGAUAUGCUUUCAAUUCUGAUAACUUUUGCUGUUGUUCCUCAAUUUUUUUUAUUGCAUUUUUCUUAUAAAAAUUGUUAACU